UCAAGCCCCUUUAAACCACUCCUUUCGUAAACCCCGGCCAAAAUCCCAUCCCCUUGCUUUUCCAACUAAGGGGGGCAAAAUGGCAAUUCUAACAUGGACGCCACCUCCAACGGCAGUUCCCGCAGCGGUAACAGCUUCGUGGGACACCCAACAAAGACCCUCUUACAACCCCAACGCUCCAAGAAAGCUGAAGCCCAAUCCCAACCUUAAACCCUCACCGACCGUCACCCUCACCACCCGCACCGACCCAUCAGUUUUCGACAUCCUCAAGCGUCCCACUCAAGAAGUAACGCCCGUAAAGGUAGAUACGGAUGAGUCUUAUAUGGGAUACGAGAGAUGGUUGCCAACCCCUCCAAAAGUGGCGAAGCCUCGAUCAGUUUUCAAUGCGGCAACAUUAGCUUAUAUUGGUGAUUGCAUUUAUGAGCUAUACGCGCGCAGGCAUUUUUUGUUUCCUCCACUCAGUAUUGAAGAAUAUAACGAUCGUGUGACUUCAGUAGUACGCUGUGAGGCACAAGAUGCAUUGCUCCAGGAACUUCUUGAUGAUAGCUUCUUAUCAAAUGAUGAAAGGAAUGUUCUUCGAUGGGGAAAGAAUAUUAGUUCGUCUAAAACACGGACAAAAAAGCGAGCCGGUGCAGCAGUUUAUAACAGAGCAUCGUCACUGGAAACACUAAUUGGUUAUCUCUACCUGACAAAUGUGAAUCGGCUGGAAAAACUCAUGGUAAAGCUCGGAUUUUCCACUGGUGCAUCUACGGAAAUGAUAUUGAAGGAAGUAAAUGGUGCAAAACCAGUACAGUAGAUAAAAGAUGGUGGUGGAACACUUGUUUCCACCAAGCAGGCUCAAGUCAAAUAUAGAAAGAGCCGCCCACAUCAUUUAUUUCGUUGUGGGUUUUGGCGGUUCAAGAUGAAGCCUCCUGUAUAAAUUUUAGACAACAUAUACUGUAGGCUUUUGGCAUUUGCUUGUGUAUUUAUAAUUGUUUGUAUGAUCAGUUAUAAAAUUCAAUGUGAGCAGAAAUACAAAGAACAAUCGAAAAGCAUGAGCAAUUGUGUCUACAAAAGAGUCCUCAGAGUUUUCUGCCCUGUAAAAAAGUUAAACGGAUGCAGGGAAGAAGGGGCUAGCUCACCUACGACGUUGGUUCACUAUGAAAUGUUUGGGCAGACUAUGCUAAAUA